UAACCAGAGAUCGUCUUCUUCGCCUCUGCUCUCCGCACACCAAAACCUCUCGCCUCUGUCUUAAACUCUCUCUCUCUCUCUCUCUCUCUCUCUCUAAAACCCUUCCUCGAACCCAGAGAAUAAACGAACCUCAAAUUUCCACAAAAUAAAAAUCUAAAGAAACCCAACAAACCCCGCCCCCAAACGUUAAGCAAGAGAGAAAAUCCGCAUAACCAUGGCGGCGACUGCCCCGUGGCAACCCAAAGAAGAAGGUUUUACGGAGAUCUGCCGACUGCUUGAGCAGCAGAUUUCCCAUUCCUCUUCUUCUGCUGACAAGUCUCAGAUUUGGCAGCAGCUCCAGCAUUACUCGCAGUUCCCUGAUUUCAAUAACUAUCUCGCUUUCAUUCUCGCACGCGCUGAGGGUAAGUCUGUGGAGGUUCGACAAGCUGCAGGUCUGCUUUUAAAAAAUAAUCUAAGGACUGCAUAUAAGUCGAUGGACCUUGUAAACCAGCAGUAUAUAAAGUCAGAGUUGUUGCCUUGCUUGGGAGCAGCAGAUAGACACAUUAGGUCUACAGUUGGGACCAUCAUAAGUGUCAUUGUUCAACUAGGGGGAAUUCAAGGAUGGCCUGAGUUGUUGCAAGCUCUUGUAAGUUGCUUAGACAGUAAUGAUCUAAAUCAUAUGGAAGGGGCUAUGGAUGCAUUGUCCAAGAUAUGUGAGGAUAUUCCUCAAGUGCUUGAUUCAGAUGUAGCUGGGUUACCUGAACGACCCAUCAACAUAUUCCUGCCUAGAUUCUAUAAGUUUUUCCAGUCACCACAUUCAUCACUUAGAAAGCUUUCCUUGGGUUCUGUAAAUCAAUUCAUUAUGUUGAUGCCAAACGCUUUAUUUGUAUCCAUGGAUCAAUACCUUCAAGGUUUGUUUGUCCUUGCUAAUGACCCUACCUCAGAAGUGCGGAAAUUGGUUUGUGGAGCAUUUGUUCAACUAAUUGAAGUCCGACCGUCUUUCUUGCAGCAACACCUAAGGAAUGUGAUUGAGUACAUUUUGCUAGUUAAUAAGGACGCUGAUGAUGACGUGGCCCUUGAAGCCUGUGAAUUUUGGUCUGCAUAUUGUGAGCAGUUGCCACCUGAGAACUUAAGGGAGUUCUUGCCACGUCUAAUUCCGGUUUUGUUGUCAAACAUGGUUUAUGCUGAUGAUGAUGAGUCGCUACUUGAAGCCGAGGAGGAUGAGUCUGUCCCAGACCGUGAUCAGGAUAUCAAACCUCGUUUUCAUUCUUCAAGGUUACAUGGAUCAGACGGUGUGGAAGAUGAUGAUGAUGAUAUUGUUAACGUGUGGAAUUUACGCAAAUGCAGUGCAGCUGCCCUUGAUAUCAUCUCAAAUGUGUUUGGGGAUGAGAUACUUCCAACGUUGAUGCCCUUGGUUCAGGCCAAGUUGUCCGCUACUGGUGAUGAAGCUUGGAAAGAGAGGGAAGCAGCUGUUUUGGCUCUUGGUGCAAUUGCUGAGGGUUGCAUUCAUGGUCUUUUGCCACAUUUGCCAGAGAUUGUUGCAUUUCUAAUCCCUCUCUUAGAUGAUAAGUUUCCUCUCAUAAGGAGUAUUUCCUGUUGGACGCUUUCUCGUUUCAGCAAGUUUAUCGUUCAGGAUGCUGGACAUCAGAAAGGCUAUCAGCAAUUUGACAAGAUUCUUAUGGGUCUCUUGAGAAGAAUAUUGGAUACCAACAAACGGGUUCAAGAGGCUGCUUGUUCAGCUUUUGCAACACUUGAAGAGGAGGCUGCAGAAGAUUUGUCACCUUGGUUAGAAGUAAUUUUGCAGCAUCUUAUGUGUGCUUUUGGAAAAUAUCAGAGGCGGAAUCUCAGACUUGUUUAUGAUGCUAUUGGAACCCUAGCAGAUGCUGUUGGUGAGAAGCUAAAUCAGCCUGCAUAUCUUGACAUUUUGAUGCCGCCAUUGGUUGCUAAGUGGCAACAGCUGUCAAAUGCAGACAAAGGCCUCUUUCCACUGCUUGAGUGCUUUACAUCUAUAUCACAGGCAUUGGGUACUGGUUUCUCUCCUUUUGCUGAGCCAGUGUAUCAGAGAUGCAUAAACAUCAUUCAGACCCAACAGUUGGCAAAGGUAGAUCCUGUUUCUGCUGGAGUCCAGUAUGAUAAAGAAUUUACUGUCUGCUCACUGGAUUUGCUUUCUGGACUAGCUGAAGGUCUUGGCAGUGGGAUAGAAAGUUUGGUUUCAAAGAGUAAUUUGACAGAUCUUCUUUUGCAAUGUUGUACGGAUGAGGCUUCUGAUGUCCGACAGAGUGGAUUUGCCUUACUUGGUGACCUUGCUAGAGUUUGUCCUGUUCAUUUGGGACCUCGUUUGUCUGAAUUUCUUGAUAUUGCAGCAAGGCAAUUGAGCACCCCCAAGCUUCAGGAAACUGUUUCAGUUGCGAAUAAUGCAUGUUGGGCAAUUGGAGAACUAGCAGUUAAGGUUCGUCAAGAAAUUUCUCCAGUUGUCAUGACAGUUAUUUCAUGCUUAGUCCCCAUUCUCCAGCAUGCAGAGGGGUUCAACAAGUCGCUUACUGAAAACAGUGCAAUCACAUUGGGAAGGCUUGCAUGGGUUUGCCCAGAGCUUGUGUCCCCACAUAUGGAACAUUUCAUGCAACCAUGGUGCAGUGCUUUGUCUAUGAUACGUGAUGAUAUAGAGAAAGAGGAUGCCUUCCGAGGCCUUUGUGCAAUGGUUAGAGCAAAUCCAUCUGGAGCAUUAAGUUCAAUUGUCUUUUUGUUCAAAGCGGUUGCAAGUUGGCAUGAAAUACGAAGCGAAGAGCUUAAUAAUGAAGUAUGCCAGGUGGUGCGUGGUUAUAAGCAGAUGCUAAUAAAUGGAGCAUGGGACCAAUGCAUGUCUGCUUUGGAGCCCCAUGCAAGGGAGAAACUUUCAAAAUAUCUAGGGUAACAAGGUUCUAGUAAGAGAUGUCUUUUCGCUGCUGAUUCUCGUCUCCAUUAUGUGCUCAUCGGAGCUGUGUGUCUGGAUCGACUCUGUUGGUCAUUUUGUGCUUUGUCCAGUAAUAUUGCAGUCAUGAGCCAUUUAAGCCAAGAGCAAAUUUUUGUCCCUAAUAGCUCAGGGUAAAAUUUCUUUGUUCUGUUGCUUGCCCCAUUGAAGCUUGAGGUUAAUUUGCACCUCUUUCAUAAUUUAAGAUGGACCCAUGCAGCAAUUGACUUAAGAAAAAUGAAGCAGCUCUUGUUGGGACAAAGGAUAAUGGUGUACAGGGGUGUGGAUUUCCGAGCUCUGUGUGUGUUUGUUCUUUGAAGUCUUGUAUUUUGAAGGCAAGAAAUAUCUCAUUCAAAGUUGUUGGAAUCGUCAUUUUUUCAUUGAAGGCGAGUCAUAUCUCAUUCUUAUGUUGGCAUUAAUCAUAUUUUGGGUUUAAAAUUUUUUAUAAUUUAACCAUUUUAUUAAAGAGGGUUUGUCUGAUUUUCCACAGAUUUUGUACAAGGGGCUUUGAUAUUUCUAGAAAUAUUUAGUGUUUUAUAUAUAGUUUUCAAGGAAAUGUAGCCCUUUCUUUGGGGAUCAAUCAUGUGGUUAUUCUUGCUGCAUUAUGCGGCGCUGGGAUUUGAGUUGUGAGAACAAUAAUUAUUCUGUAACUUUAUUCAAAAUGGAUCCUGAUUGGUGGUAACAAACAGUAUCUAUUCUUUUUU